AUGCGCUCACGAACAGGAUGCUUGACGUGCCGCCAGAGGAAGCUCAAGUGCGAUGAGCAGAAACCCGUCUGCGGCCAGUGCUGCAAAGCAUCCCGCGAAUGCGUCCCAAGUUCUGGGCUGGUUUUCCGCCACCAGCACAAUGCCUCCAUGAAUGGCGACAACGCAACAGAUGACAACGCCCUUAAAGGCUUCUACGCUUACAAGAAUACUUUCCACGAUGAGACUGUCUGGCUUGACAUUCCUAAGAACGUGACGUUCCUCAACACGACCAAUCCCUAUCUGGACCCCCUCAGCCCGGAGCUUGAGACUAUGUCUGUCACAUCGCGAGAUUCUCCAGCGCCCUUUGAGCGUCGGUCGUUCACCUCCUGGCCACGAGCUACCAACCUUGACAAUGUCACUAGCACGCCCUCCAGCACUGGACCCGAGAUGCAUCUCCAUGCGGCCAACAAUGGCCCCUUGUGCUUCACUCCAGAAGCAGAUGCGGUUCCCUCCCGUGAGCGCUCUUCUCUGAUCUCACCGCCAACAUCGUCGGUAGGGACCCCACUGUCACCCUCGGUCUCCCUUCCAAACCCGCCUCCACAUUCUCUCUUGAGCCACCCUGCCUCUAUGACGCCUCCGCCUAUCGACCCGCGUCUCUCGUCGCCAUUCGAAUCCGGUCAGAUACCUCGCUCGAGCUCAAUCGCAGCCAGUCGACGGGCACCAUCCCAUGCUGGCAUGGAGACCAUGGCCGAGCGAGAUCACGAGAUUGCAUUUCUCCUGAGGUGCUUCUCUGAAGGCCCUGGUUACUGGAUGGAUCUCUUCGACUUGGGGAGAUAUUUUUCUUCCUACGUGCCUGUCAAAGCUCGAGAGAAUCCUCUCUUGAAGUACGCCGCCGUUGCGUACUCGGCUAAAGCUCUUGCACGUGUCCAAGGGCGGAAGCCAGUCAUGGGCGGUAGCACAACCCGCCAGGCUCGGAUGGAGCUUUAUCCAGACGCCCACUCGGUAGAUUGGUAUCACAAAGCUGCGCAAUACUACGACGCCGCCGUGUCACUGCUGCUACAAGCUUUAAAGUCCGAUGCCACCAUCACUCCUGAGACAGACUCCGAAAGCGGUGAGCCAUCAUAUGUGCCCGAAGGUCCAUUGCAUAAACGGCGUCGCAAAUCAAGCAACGUCAAUCAAACGUCGAGCACAGACGAGCUGUUGGCAGCCUCGGCGAUCCUUUGCGUGUACGAGUUCCUAGACGCAUCUGUGCCAGAAUGGGCCAAGCAUCUGAACGGCGCGAAAUCCCUUCUAGUUAUUGCCCAAGAACGUAUGAUGCCUCUGCAGAUGCCGACACCUUGCCCAGCGAUCACGUCUGCCAACUUUGGGUUCAUCUCCAAAGCGCGGCGAGCGACUUUCUGGAACAUAGCUCGCCAGGAUAUGUUAGCAGCUUAUAUCAACAAAACCCAAACUCGUCUCGACACCGAAGAUCUACCUCUAUGGAAGGAAGCUGGUCUCCUCAUUGACGAUCAUGGAUAUAUCGUUCCUAGCAACACGACCGAAAGCGGCUAUCCAGAAGGCGAGAGCAUGAUGAAGGAAGACCUCAUUUGCAAUGCACUGGUUUGGCUAAUGUCUAAACUGGUCAACUUCAUGGCCGCCGGCGAUGACCUUCCCGAGAACCUUGGACCCUCCUGGGCGGGCGUGCCCCAACGUACAUUACUAGAUUACUGGCAUUCCAUGAGACGGCAAUUUCAAAGAUGGUAUGAUGGCUUGCCGAUAACCUUCCGACCGUGUGCAAGAGUCGACCCUGCCCACACUCCCGGACGGCUACUCCAAGGAGAGAACGAAAUCCUGUUUCCCGAGAUAUGGUAUUCCAUCCCCAUGUGCGCCUCCACCAUGCAAUGCUACCAUAUGAGUCAGAUCCAGCUGCUCAUGAACAAGCCGCAUGAGUCCACACAAGGGCGUACUACGGUGGUCGCUCGGUUGAACUCUUAUCAAUCCGUCCUUGCCGCUUGCCAGGCGGCUGCACGCGAAAUCAUCGCUAUAUCCCUGGCCCGCUCAGACGAAGCCGUCCGCAUCCACUCUGUUCAGCCGCUGUUCACUGCAGGCCAGUGUCUAAGCGAUCCUAGAGAACGCCAGGUAGUGCUGGGCCUCCUUCGCGAUAUUGAGACCGACAUUGGCUGGGCUACCGACUAUCGAGUGAGGCAGCUUGUUGAGCAAUGGCAAUGGGAAGAGCAUGAAGGAACGCUUGCGUCAUGA